AUGGAUCACAGAUCAUCAGAAAUAGUAGAAAAGAGUUUGCUGCCUUCCAUAUUUGGAGCAAUUAAAGAGAAAGGCAGCAGUAUUUGGCAAAUAAUAGCUGAGUGGAGCACGCGUGCAAUGAAGAGCAUAUUAGACAGCCUAAGUAAAACAAGCCCGUAUGCCAAGAACUGUGCUAAGGGGGUCUCAGAAAAAGUGAAAGCCAUAUGUCUCCAAGAUAAAAAGAUGAACGGCACGAUUGCAGUGCUAAUCUUUGGGCUAUUUCUUUCGUCUUUUUUCCUGUUCCGCAUGGGAAGAAUGAUUUACGAACAGAACACGCCACUAUUUAGAAGACUGUACCCAGCAUGGGAAAUAAAAGACGAUGAGGGCAGCUACAUAGUAAGAAAUGUUAAUACAAGAUCACGGUGA